AGUAUUUUCUGGAUAGACAUUUUUUCAACAGUUAAAUUUCAUUAAUCUGAUAGAUAAUUGAUUAAAUAUAUUUGAAAAACUAUAAGGUGCUACAGAUUUCACAUGUGAAAAUGGUGCACUAUUUAUCUUCAUAGUAAAUAACAUUCAGAACUUCUUGAUUUUAAGUGAAACGUUUCGUUUAGUGCAUAGAAAAGGCAAACUAUAAGAAUGAAAUUCUUCACUCUUCCAAAUGUACUGCUUAUGGUAUCGGGAGGGUGCAUUAUAUUAGCAAUUUCACUAUCUGGUGGAUCGCUUUCAAAAUCAAUUAAGUGGAAUUUAUAUAAUAGUGGAACUAGUUAUGGCGAUCCAAAAGGACCUGUGUUUCGUAUUCAUGCCUAUCAGAAUCUAUGGACUAGUUUUGAUGCAUAUGUUAACACCAAUGAUCCUGCUCAAGCGUAUGAGCUCAUCAAGAAAGAUUCCUGGCGAGUCUUACCGAGAAUAUUGAUCAUGGCAACACUUGGAAUAGGAUGUACAUCAUUGGCUGUUCUACUACCGGCCAGUUUAGUUCAGUUUUUGAAAAAGAAAGAUUUUGUUUUGAAUUCUUGCAGAAUUGCAUCUUCCGUACUUUCUCUGGCAGCAGGGUCAAUAUUAGGAUAUACUUUGAACUAUUACAAGAACAAAUACAAACUCAUGCUAGCGCCAGUUUUCUACGAUCCGAAGUCAUUUUACCCGGACGAAGACAAUUUAUCGACUGGAUUUUUUAUGGCGGCAACUGCUUGUGUUCUUUUUUUUAUUUCAACGAUCGUCAACAUUGUUAAUGUGGUGGUCCAUAUAAAAAAUGGAAAAUCAGUGGUGAAACCAACCAAAGAAUUUCAGGCGGAAACGGAAGAAGAUGUGGACAAGAUAGAUCCUGAAAACAACAGUGCAUUUUCUGUCCAAAUUAAGAUUAACAAGAAGUAAAAAUAGAUUUGGAAAAAACUUACGUAUUUGCAUUUACAAAAUUGUAAUCACUAGGCAAACAAUAUUUGCUUACGAGGUGUUACAAAUUUUAGAUUUGAAUCUUUGAUCAGUUAUUUUAAGUGUACCAAAAGAAAAUGGUUUCGAAAUAUGCAUCUUAUUUUCGGAAUUGACAGAGUUACAUGGUAGCCGAUUGAGAACAGAAAAAGAAAUGAUAAAAUAGCACUCAUUAUUAUCAGCAAGGUUGCAAAAACUCAAUUUAUAGACAACCCUAUUAUAUACCUUACUGAUCAUUUUAAAGCUUACGCUAUUUUAAAUGACACCGAUGGUAGCCCUGCAUUGAAAUCGGGUGCUCAUAUAAACCUUUUUGUCUAAUAUCUUGUUAUUUCAAAAUGACUCUCUGUUCAUUGAGGUCCCUUAUUUUCUUAUCCCGAAAUGAUAAUCGGUU